AUGCAGUUUAUCACUAUCAUCCUCUGUUUAUUUUGGCUACUCCUUGAAGUUUGUUUUGCUUAUCCAACGGCCAGAGCAGAUCAAGUACCCCAGAAUGAAUACGAUUUUAUCAUUUGUGGGGGAGGUACGGCAGGCUUGGUUUUAGCGAACCGGUUAUCGGAAUCCGGAAAGCAACGCGUGCUGGUUCUUGAAGCAGGACCAGAGCCUUCUGUCGUCGCUGCGUAUGAAACGCCGGGUGGGAACCAGUUUCUCAGUGGGACCGCAAUUGACUGGAACUUUUACACAAGCCCACAGGAGAAUCUAGACGGACGGAUUCUACCAUAUCAUCGCGGUAGAGCCUUGGGGGGGAGCAGUGUCACGAACGGUCUGUACUAUGCGCGUGGAAGUGCCAGUAUAUACGACCGAUGGGAAGCGCUCGGGAAUCCCGGUUGGGCUUGGAAGGAUGUUUACCCUAUGUUCUUGAAGAGUACUCACUUUAACCCUCCGGCCCCAAACAGCCAAUUUGACCAAAGCUUCCAAACAUGGGAUCCCAGUGUCUAUGCUGAUGGACCUCUGGAAAUCGGAUUUCAAGGAUUCGUGCCUGAAACAAGCGUGGCCUUUAUUCGUGCCUGUGAAGCGGCGAAUAUACCCAUCGUGAAUGAACUAAAUGCAGGAAACGGCACCGGCAUCAAGCAAGGAACUGCUAAUUUGGAUAGCAGAUAUAGACGUAGCUCGAGCUAUGAUGGCUUUUAUAAACAGGCUGCAUCUCGGCCUAAUCUAGAUGUUCGCCACUAUGCCACUGUUACUAAUAUUGUGGUGGAUGGUGCCACUGCACGAGGAGCAGUAUAUAUUGACCAGAGGACGAGUUUAGUCCAUAAUAUAGUUGCAGCAAAGGAGGUUAUUGUCAGCAUGGGAGCGUUUCAUUCCCCCCAGCUAUUGAUGCUAUCGGGUAUAGGGCCAGCUACAGAGUUGGCAAAGGUCGGCGUUGAACCUGUCGUGGUCAAUGAAAACGUUGGACAGCAUCUCAACGAUCACUCCGUGUUCAGUAUCAUGGCUGUUGUUCAGCCACAUGGCUCGACAUCCCAGAUGACCUCAACAUUCGCUAUGCUAAGCGAAGCGCAGACCCAGUUUUACAGCAAUCUCUCUGGCCCCUACACCGCUCCGUCCGGAAUCACUAACGGCUUCCAGAAAUUAACUGAAAAUGAGCUUCAGUCGAUUGGCGCCGGUGAAGUGAUUGCAGAAGGCUUGCAAAACCAGUCUCAUGUUGAGUACCUAUACGAGUCGAUCUUCUACCCGGGUGGACCAACCCCCUUCUACGCACCGAAGGAGAACGAGUCAUAUAUUUCUUUAACUGCGUCGAGUCUCGUGGCCCUCUCUCGGGGGAAUAUAUCACUGAGAUCAAACUCUAUGAGCGAGCCUCCAAGCAUCAACCCUAAUUAUUAUAGCCAUCCGACCGACCGUAUCAUUGCAGUUCACUCAUUUCGAUAUCUGCGAAAGAUUCUAGCUCACCCAGAACUCGCGCAGUUUACCAUAGGGCCCAAUAACGGUGAAGUCAGCCCUGGUCCUUCAAUUAGUGAUGACGAUGAUAAGGCUAUUUUUGAGUAUAUCAAAGCUAAUACUAUUCCAAAUUGGCACGCCUCCGGAACGAAUCGAAUGCUGCCAUUUGAAGCUGGUGGGGUAGUAGAUUCGAGAUUGAGGGUGUAUAACGUCUCCCAUCUGAGAGUUGUUGACUGCAGUAUUAUUCCUCACUUGCCGGAUGUGAAUAUCCAAGGUCCUGUGUUUAUGAUAGGUGAGAAAGGAGCACAGAUGAUUCGGGAAGAUUAUGGGGACUUGUAA